CCAAAAUGGCAACCCCUGAUUUUGAGUCACUGGACUUUCAACUUCUAAUCUAUUGAAACUUCAUUUUGGGAAAGUACGCAGUUGGAUUGUUGCAUUUCUGGUGUCUUGGUAUUGGUAACAUAUUGAUUGUACUGAGUGAACUGAAAAAUGGAACUGAAUGGUGACGUUCACUCACCUAGUGAUGGGCCUGAGCAUAUGUCAGAUUUCAUAGUGCUUGGCCAUGGAUCGGGGGAGUUUCGGCGAAACAGUGAAUCGGAAUCGAUGGAAGAAGUUGGACUCAGAGUAAGACAGCUCCUGUUGGAGAAUAAGGAGUUACGAGAACAUGUUCAGCAGAACACAGAGGCGAUGGCCCAGCAGUAUGAGGUGCUGAAGCAAUGGAAAGAACAAGAGUUGGAGAGGCAGGCAAAGAUCAAGACACAGUACAACAAUGCAAAAGAGAUCAUCACAGCACUGAGAGAGGAGAACGCUAGGUUAAAACAAAAACAAGAACACAUGGAGAGAGCACCAAGAAAUACCGAGGCUGUUACCGCUCAGACUGAAGAUGAAAACGUGGAGCAGGAAAUGUUGCAUCAUCAACUUAACCUACUCAAAGUAGAAAAUGAUGAUUUGAAGAAGCAGACGUCAGAGCUGACGCUGUUAAAUGAAGAACUGAAACAACUGAAACAAGAAAAUGAGGAGUUACAAAAGAAGAUGGUGUCUAUGAGUCAGUCGUCACCGCCACUCAAGAGAAUGACGUCAUCCAGUAUGGAGGUGAAUGUAGCAUCCCAUGAAGCAACAGAAACCCAGACUGAGGCUCCGACUGCAGAAUCAAAAACUCGAGAAUUAGAAGUUGCCAGAACGCAGGCAAAUCAACUAAUGCAAGAUUUGGAAGCGCUCCAGAAGCUGAAAGAUGACAUUGAACAACAGAAAGCAAAAGCAGAACAAGAAUGCGAUAAUUUGAUGAACAAGAUUUACGAAAAGGAAAACAUCACAUCGAAACUGCUGCGGGAAAAGCGAGAGGUCGUUGCCAUGAAUAACCAGCUUAACAUUGAGGUGGACCGCCUCAUGAAGGAGAACGCACACCUGUGGGAAAAUGAGAAGGAAAAGGUCGAGAGCCUAAGGAAUUAUGACACUGUCCAGGACUUCGGCAGUGAAAUGGACCAGUGUGUCGAAGUUGCCCCAAUGCCAAGCCUUUCCACCGUUGAGAAGGAAACUGAGGAGAAGACGGGUGAUGCGGAGUUGGGGACAACUUCGGGUGCCAUUUCAAUCAGGUCUGGCGAUCUUCACGACAAAUCGCAGAAGACUAUUCAGGCAAUUCUUCUGCAGCUGCAAGAACAGCAGGAAGCAAAUCAGAUAACUUCGAAAGAAGUCACAACAAAAGCACAACAGAUCACCCAGUUACAAUCUGAGCUUGACGAACUGAAAAAUGCUUUGAAAGGAAAAGAUAAAGAGAUCGAAGAAGCCAAACAAAAUUGUGCGAAAGAAAUCGACAAUAUGGUGUUGAUCGGUGUUGAAAAGGAAAACAAAGCUGAGCGACUCGCCAAAGAAGAGAAGCAGAAGUUGGAAGAGAAAAUCAACUCGCUUAUUGCAGAAGUUACAUCAAAGGUGGCGCAGUUGGAGGGACUGAGAAAACAUCUGGAUAAUACCACAGAAUCACAUCAGAAAGAGAUUAGAAGUCUGAAUGAAGUUAAUGAAAAAUGCAAGUCUGAAAUUGCUGACCAGACGUCAGUGUUGGCAACACUAAACAACAGCCAUCGGCAAAAGAUUGAAGAGAUGAGGAGAGAAAUUCUGCAUCUUAUGGAGGCUGCUGAUGACAAACGGCAGAAGACCAUGAGUGAGAGCCAUCAAACUGAGCUUCUUCAGGCGCAGGUCAACAGACUGAUCACUGAUCUCAGGACAGAGUGCAGUAAACUAGAGACAAAGACAAGAAUGUGCAAUGAUUACAAAGUUGAAGCGGACCGCCUCAGUCUUGAGAUCCAGAGAAAUCAGACGAAGCACAAUGAGAGCGUCGAGGCAAUGAGGCUUCAGAUUGGCUCCCUCCGGUCCAAACUUCGUGCAGCUGAGAUGGAAAUUGAGAAAAAGAAACAAGAUUUUGAAAACAUUACAAGAAGUCAAACUCAACUUCUCGCCGAUUAUCAAGACCUUUUCACCACACACGACAAAACGGUGCAAGAGAAAUCAGAAACGGAGACCCAGUUACGACAGAGGAUGACUCAGCUUCAAUCAGAGAGCAUCAACAGACAGGAAGAGUGCAAGGCAUUGAAAGAUGAGGUCAGGAUUAAACAGGAGGAAAUUCAAGACCUAUUCCAGAGGAUUCGUACCAUGCAAACCGAGAAAGAGGAUUCUUCUGUGUAUCAAAUUCAGGCUGAGGUGUUUAGAGAAGAUUUUGGUCGGGAGCGCGAGGCACGUGAAAGAGCUCACGAAGAGCUGGCCGAAGCGCAAACAAAGCUCGAUGAUCUUCUUCAAGUAAAACAAAGACUAGAAACAGAGCUUCAGCGGUACUCCCAGCAGCAGAUUUCACAGAUGCAGCAACGGGAUGAAUAUGUUGUUGUACCAAACACGUAUCAGCAGCCGUAUCCCCAGGUGAGGCAGUAUCCACAUCCUACUCCAAAUAAUGAAGGACUUGAUGCGUUUGGAUACCCACAACCAAAUCUGACACCGCCAGCCGGGCAGGGGCAAAGACCGUCCCCAAGUCGGCAAACACCAGAAAAGCACACCUGCCCCAAGUGCCAACAAGAAUUUGAUGACCUGGAUACACUACAGAUUCAUUUGUUCGAUUGUUUGGACCAAUAAUAGACAGUGAAAAGUGUUAGGUACACACCAUCGUGUUGGUUCUGUGUUCUUCCACCAGGUGGCCUUCACCUGAAGAGGUUGAGACAGAUUAACGACAGAGGGUUAACGAAAUCUACAAUUAGAGUUGUGCUGCUGAUACAUGAUAAAUGUACCAAAUCUACAAUCAGAGUCAUUUUGCUGAUACAUGAUACAUGUACAUACAUACUGCCUUACGGGUAUAUCAUCUGAGAGUUGUAAAUAUGAUAUGAAAAGUGUGAGUGCAUGAAAGUGUUUCAAAAGGCUUCAAAUUUGUGUGCAUUGCGAAGAGCUUUGGGGGAAAGUGCAAGAUGUAAUCGAAAAGGAAUGGUGUUUUCCGGUUGUUGUUUAAUGUCUUAUAUUUGGUGAUGUGUGGGCGUCUGCAUUCCAUAAUUCAAUAUCAAUGUACAAAUGUAUAAUGUGAUACAAGUGUGCCAUGACAGUACCAAUCCAGUUUGCGAACUGUGCGUGUUUAGUUGCUACUAGCCUUGUGUUAUGCCUGAAUGUGAUGCGCUUAAGGUUUGCUUAAAUUCGCUUGAAAAUAGAAUGGAAGCUUUUUAAUUUGGAUGAUAUGGGUAGAGCGAAUGUCCAUUUCAUGGGAAUAUGGCAUACACUAAAAAAAUGUCUACAAUGGCUGGGGAAUGUUGUCAGGGUUUCAAUUCAAAUGGCUCAUUCUUUGUGAUGCACUGUCCAAUUCUGACAUCGUAAGUAUUUUUAGAUACCUCCAAUUUUGAAGUUUCAGAUAAAAUGAUAAAUUUUGUUCAACUGUUGCAUUUUCUGUAUGAAAUCACCAAAUGUCAGCUUGCCAUUUUCUAGUGAAAUAGGCUAUAAACUUGUAGGCUUCAGGUAAAACUAUUUGGGAUGGUAUAAGGCAAGGUGAGGACAUGACUUGCUCAAGCAAGAUCUAAUAGCCUAGUGUAAAAUGAAUUGUAUCUUUUGGUUGAAGAUAAGUUCAUGGUGAAAAAAUCUUUGCUUGAAACUAUUACAGCAUAGUAAGUCGUAAGAUAUUCGACAUAAAUUCAUGGUCACCUGCUUUAUAGAGGCGCAGAUGUUCAAACCGUAUAUAUGGUCCUGUAAAUAUCAGCACAUGUGAAAGAAAAUAUGUUAGUUCAAAAUUGUCUUAUGUUAAUGUCCAUCUGUGAUACCAGUUAGUUAGUAGCUGUGAGUUCGUCCAAAUUGUUGUUUAUGGCUGUUAAUUGGAUGUCGUUAUAGUCUGAUAUCAACAACAGUAGAGGUUGUCAUCCAACUUUACACUUUAACACUGGUCUACCUGAAACCUUUGAGUAGAACUCAGAUGGGCUGCAUAUUCAAAGCCCUGCCUUAAAAGGAGAAUGUUCACCAGAGACACAUUUGUCAUGUCCAAAAACCGACAAUGGCUGAAGAUUCUAGAUAUCAAUCUAUCUAACAUUCAGUCAAUGAUAUGAAAGUGACAUCGUUAAAAUCAAAUGUUCAUUGAACAAAGAGAACAUCAUGAUACCCUUAAAAACCUGAAAUUCAACUGCAAAAAUCACAGAAAAAAAUGAACAGAAUCUCGAAUCGACCUUUUCGAAGAACUUUGUUUGGGCCCUAACAAUUCAUGCGUUUCACCUGGAACAAAGGGACAUGUAGUCUGGCGAGUGCAGUUCAGAAAAGCCUAAGAAAAAACCCCAAGUCAUGGCUUUUUCUUGUGACAAACCAUACUAACCAGACUCAUUUUGACAAAAGGUCGGGAUGCAUGCAACAGGCUCCAAUUUGUGUGACACCUUUAGGGCCCUCUCUUAAAUGUCGGUUUAAGAGCAGGAAGUUGUAUGACUCCAUAUCCCCUUUAAGGUGGCUCAGGCCUUCCCUUAGUGUGAACAUUUGAUGUGUUUUUGGCUUUGAUUAGUCUUCUUCGAAAAGGCCUAUUGAAUCUAAGUACUUAUCAACUGUGACUGGGUACAUCUACGCUGCAGGAAGAAGAGUUGGGAAGGUGAAAGUCCCAAAUCAUUUGUUUGCUUUCCUCAGCUGUCGUGUUAACUCCAAGGGUCACCCAGGAAAUGGCUGCAGCAGGGCUGGUUUUUUUAUCCAACUUCAGGCCUACUGACACUGUCCAUGGGCAUAAUCCAAAUAUCUUCUGCUAGAGCUGUAUUACUGCCCAAGGGUGGAGGUUUGAAUGUGUGAUUGUUUUCCCGUAUCCUGCCACAUGGGCAGCCAGACUCGGACUUCAGGGGAAGCUAAAUUGUAUAGUUUAUAUACCUACCUGAAAAUUAUAUAACUGCAAUUACAGAUUCAUCAGAGGCAUUAUGAAAAUGAAAUAUUAUGAAUUUGAGUUUUGGGGAGAAAUAUUAGGCCUCAUGGAUUACAAAGGACGUAAUAUAUUGAGUAAUCAAUAGGCCUAGGUUCCAACAACUGCACAUGCCAUUAAAAAAGACAGAAUAUAACAGUCAUGUUAAAAAUUUCCAGACAAUUCAAAACCAUGCAUGGUUUUUUUGACAAAUGUAACCCGUUCUAGCAAAACCAGCUGCAUGUCGCACAUAAGAUGAGCCUAGAUGACACCAGGAGAUAAUAGAAGAAAUUGAUGUUGUCAGAUUUCACAAAAGGCAGACAAUAGCGAAAUGAACAAACAGUCCGUCUCAACCUGCCAAGCUCAGAGCGACAUAAGACUGGUUUUGCUGGAACGUGUCACAAAUGUUUUUUGUUGAAGUGCUUUUGAAACCGUCAUUUUUCAUUUAUUUCAUUUACAAUGUAUCAUUGGUAAUUUCAAGUAUGGAUAACUUGAUUACUUGGUACAUACAUGUAUAAGUAAGCUUCGUGUACAGCUAUUUGUAUAAAUAGGCUAGGUAUAACUGAUGAUUUGGCAACAAUUUGACCGGAUUCUAUGUAAUAUAGAAGAAAUAAAACCCGUUUUAUGUUACUGUCA